AAGAGAACACACGCAGUAUGGACGAUCUAGACACGGCAUUAUUAAUAUAUCUGGAAGAUGAGUCGUCCGAAGACGAACGCUUGGAAGAAAGUCAAUUAUUCAAAUGUCGAUCUACAGAGGGUGCAUUUUCAAUUCUGGUUGUUCGUCGUCUCCAUUGCAAUGAAGAAAAAUUUAGAGAAUACUUCCGCUUAACACCAGUUUUGUUUGAUUAUGUUUUGAAUCAUAUAAGAGAUCAAUUGACUUCCAGACCCUAUAAUCGACACAGAAAUCCAAUAUCUUCAGAAGAAAAGCCGUGUCUAUUUUUGAGGUAUCUUGCUACGGGAGAGUCUUUCAGAUCACUUGCUUUCCAGUAUCGGAUAAGCCAUUCAUGGAUAAGUGUCAUUGUGAGAGAAGUUGCUGAGGCCAUUGUCACAGAAAUGUUAGCUUUUAAUCAUACCCUCGCCCACCAGUGAGCAACUAGCCAAUAAUGAAACAAAAUAUGCUUCUAAAUGCAAUUUUCCAAACUGCAUAGGAGCAAUAGAUGGGAAACACGUCAGAAUAAAAGCUCCCUCAAAUAGUGGAUCUUUAUAUUAUAAUUAUAAAGAAUAUUACUCAAUAGUCUUGUUAGCAGUUGUGGAUGCUGAUUGUAAAUUCAGUGCUUUUGAUGUUGGUUCUUAUGGAAGAGAAGGAGACGCUGGUAUAUACCUAAAAAGCAAAAUAGGUCAGAAGAUUAAAGAAAAUACAUUCAAUAUACCAGCUCCAAAACCACUACCAGGGACAGAUAUUGUUGUACCACACGUGAUUGUUGGUGAUGAGGCUUUUGCUCUUCACGAAAAUCUGAUGAAACCCUACCCAAGACAACAAUCUCUUCACGAUCAAUCGAAAGCGAUAUAUAACUAUCGUCUCUCUCGAGCUCGUAGAACAACUGAAAAUGCGUUUGGUAUAUUAUGUGGAUAUUUCAGAAUUUUCUUUCAACCUUUUGCAACUGUUCCUGAAACUACAGACAAAUUGAUCCUAUGUGCCUGUAUAUUACAUAAUAUUUUAAGGGAAGCACGAAUACUUGCUCCAUGUCAAAAACAUGUUGAUGAUGCACUUCUUGUUCCUAUAAUUAUGCAGCACAACAUUAAUAUAAGCAAGAUAUGGUGAUAUUACCC